UAGUGAAAUUCAAAAUAUUUUUUAUAUCAAUCAUGUAUAUAAAAAAGAUUCCUGAUCUUGGCUAGUCCCAUGAGAAGAACUGCAAAAAGUGCAUUUUUUGAGGCAAACAAUCACUCAAAAACGAUUGGGAUAGCUUGAUUAUGGAACUCAAGCAAGUGAAAAACAAGUCAAAUCCAGAAAACGGCGACGUCGAUACGAAAGCAGAAGCCGAUUCAAAUGAAUCCUCGGUCACAGAUCCCACCUGUAACGUUGCUGGAGGAGCGACGGGCCAAAUCUUAUCGGAAAAGGAGGUUGUGUCAGAAAUAAAUGAUCUUAUUAACGACAUCAAGAAAAAUACAGGUGUGUCACCAGUAUUAUCAAACAGUGGUCCUGGAAACAACAAUGAAGUUGCUCGAGACAGUUCUGGCAUUGCAAAACUCUCCUCUUCAUAUGAUCCGAAUCAUUCCAUGACAGCUACAAACAACAAUCACGACAAAGACCGUAACGAUAAUUUUUCUGACAAAGAAUGUAAUAAUAAUACGACUGAUAAAGAAAAUAGUAACAACGACAGUUUUGACAAAGAUAAGAAUAGUAAGAAAAACGACAGUAAUUUUAGCAAAGACGAUAAAGAGAAUAGUAAGAAUGAAAAAUCUAACGACGGUGAUUUACUUUCUAAAAAUGACGGUUUGACAAAAGACGACGAAGAGAAUGCUGUUGGCUUCAGCAAAAACUUAAAACGACAGUUGAACGGUGACGUGAAUUCGAGAUGUGUUGAAUUUAAAAAACUCGAGAAUCGGAUUGAUAAUAAAAUUGCUCAAUUAGAACAAGUUAUGGACUCCACCUUAUCAAUGCAUAGUAAAAUGCAAGAGAGCAUGAAGCAAUGGUUCGAACGAUGCAAUUCUGACAAUCAGGCAGAAGCAAACUGCUUACAAGUUGCGAACAAGAACCAUCCUGGUUCAAAACCUACUGCGAUGGCCUCAGUUCAGUUCGCUAAUUCAAAUCACCGAAAAUGGGCCAACGAACGAUGCUUUGAAUGUGACGAUAUGGGUCACAUGCAGAUCGAGUGUCCUCUGAAGGGUUAGGGUCUACGAAAGUGCUACGAAUGUCAAAAAUUUACGACCCACAAAGCAUACGAGUGUUCUCAACGACUGUCAAAAACCAGAGGUCUCACAAUUGAAGGGGUUAACGAUUAGAGGUGAUUCCAUUCUACAUCUCCGAUUGACGACUGGAUGAUAUUUCACAAUGACAGUGCCAUUGUUAGCCAAAGAUGUCUUACCUAAAGUAUUCCAGUUUCUCGAAGAAAAAUGUGAUCUCAAUAAACUCAGGAAUUAUUUAAACUUAUAUUUUAUAUCGUUUGACGUUUUAUUAUCUAAUUAUUAGUAUUUAAGUUUUCUUUCAUAUAAAUAAUAUUUAACGAGUCAAUCUCGGGAGGGAGUAUUGAAAAUUCAUAUUUAGUUUCUCGUUUGACUCUAGCCGUUAUGAGUAAACGUCCUGUGAGCGUCUGCGCACGCAUCUCUUCUUCACUUCGAUCCGACGCUUCGACCGUGAUAAAAGUUUCUCUCGAAUUCGUCUAAAAUAUAACGACAGUUUAACGAUAAAUACUUGUGUUGUUAUUUAAUAUAUCCCGUCUAAAACUCCUGUCUGCUAACACUUUUCAAAGUAAAUAACAUG